CGCCUUGUCGGCCAUUUUUUGGAGUCGUGAGCUUGUUGUCGGUGGAUACGUCGAAAGCGUAAAGGUCUGCGCUGGUUUGAUGGAAGGCGAUUAUGGUGGCUCUAUUUUUUGUUUACUUUGGCCGCUCUGGUUGCCAGGGGUGGAGAUUGAUGCAGUGGAGGGGCAUAUGUCGGAGGAGAUAAUUGCAGGGUGGAGCAAGUUGGUACGUGAGGUUAAUGAGGUGCAGGGUAGGUGCGCCUAUCUGCAGACUACCGCAUGAGCAAAAAGGCGGCAUUUCCUUUACCAACUUCUCUCAGGCAUCUUGGUUACGUUCGACAUUAGACCCGGCGCUGAUAAACUUGCACAGAAAUGGUCCAUCUCGAAGCUGCGCGACUUCAAUUAUCCUGCCUUGGAGUUACAGCGGCUGCAACAUCUACUGCGAAGCUUUUUUCGUAUUUCGGUGAAAGUGUCAGCGCUAAAGGCAUCAUGGAGCAAAUCUCACGCCGGAUGCAUCUCGCUCGCAAUGAGUCACUUGAAACCAAUGCUACUGCUUUCAACUCGCGUUGGUCUAAUAUAAAGCUCUUCGAAGCUGUGAGCUAAUUUUGAUGUAUAAAAUUACUACCUUAAACUACACCCCUACCCCUACUGCAUAAUGGCAGCCCCCACGAGCGAUUUGCCCUGGGACCUCCUUACUUCCCAUUUCAAGUUUGACACUUCUCAUCCCGAUCACGGUGACAUUACCGACUUUUACCUCUGCCACAAGCCAGACCAAGGCAAAGAUUUAAACAAGUUUGUAGAAGUUUUGGCCGAGUCUCUUACGACUUUGGCCGCCCAGGAACGAAGGAAAUAUGCAGAAAGCUACGAGGCGCCAGAACCAAACGACAUGGUCAUACCCGAGUCGGAUCUUGUUCAGAUCGACGCAGCCUUGCGUCGCUGGCUCUUGUCGUGCACCGACAUUUCAAUCCCGCCUUGGUUUCAGAACCGCCUGCCAGUGGACUAUUCUCUUAUUUCACGCCCGUUGUCUGUGAGACGCGUGAGGCGGCUCGAGAAUACCAGGCUGCCGUUGUCAACGUCCGGGACUGGCGAUGCUGUGAUAUGCAGUCAUGUAGGCGACUACAGCUGUCAAUGUCUCCCGCGUUUCGAAGAGCGGCGCAUGUCGACGUUUCUCCACAACCACCAGUGGAACGACUGCUUCCGGUUCGACGAGGUUAAUGGCGACGGUUUCUACGGCCUGGAGCUGCUCAAGGCACUGAUCCUGCACGGCAGCAUGGAUACGGUGCUGCGCAUCUGCGCGCACUCGCAAGUCGAUUUCCUAGGCUGGUGGGAUGUGCAGACGUGCUACUGCGUGGGCGACGACGUGGCGCUGGGCAUGAUGUGCCGAGACACGCUGCGGGCAUAUAUAUUGCUCAAUUUCAUCCGGCGAGGGUUCCCGGAGCGAUGCGUUAGGAACACGGCGGACAAGGCAAAGAGCGAGGAGGAGGAACGGUCCGACCCAUCCGCAGACUACCUGAGGACCAGGACAUACCAGAUGCUGGUUAACCACCUGACCAUAUCGGACAUGUCGACGGAGAUUCCGCAGUUCCGACACAUGGAAUUUUUCGGCAUCCGAAACGACCAUUCCCGGUCGUUCCCGCGCAAGGAGAGCUGGGGAAAAGGGAGUCUCGAUUACAUCUACCCUCUGGGCCGCGUGAGCUAUAAAGAGUUCCUCGCCUUGGACAUUGACGCAGACCCGCCGUACAUGCCGUCGGCCGCCGAGAUGGAAACGGUCAUGUGGAUAUUGAGCGAAAAAGGCCUUCCGACCGAGCUGGUUGAUACCAUUCUUGGCCUGGCAGAGUACGACGAGAUGCGGGUCUUGAGGAUACCACACGAUCCGCUCCACGAGUUGAACAGCGACCAGCUGGAUGAGUAUCUAGCUUGGUCUUGGCAGAUACUGCUGCGGUUCGACAUGUUGGCCAGGGCUCAGGGGGAUGAGAUUCCGUGGGAUGCGCUAAUUUCCAAUUGCUUGCUCGAGUCGUUUCCCAUCAGAAUCCCAACGAGCGGUUACCCACGCCCCAAAGAGACGAAACAGUGUUUUACGCGAAACGAAGAGACGGAAUCUGACGGACUGAGAACGACUGAGCGCUUCAAAACAGUGUUUCUAUAAGUCAUGUAAGCAUAAGUAUUGGGUUUGUUCAAUCUGAUGAAGUUUAAAUAACAUGAAGCCAAAUUCUAUAUCUGUCGUGACCAAGCCAA